AUGUUGUUUGGAACUAUCGGCACUCUGCGUGCUGUGCAAUGCGCCACUGCGGCUACUACCACAUUUACAAAAACUGAUCGAGUAAGCUGUGUAUAUAGAGUUAAGAGAGUAGUACACAUUGUCCGUCCCCGCGAUCCACGCAACAUUGCCCCACAGUCGUCGACUCCAUAAGUUCCCAGCUGCUCUUAUAUUCAAUCAAUUAAUAGAUCGUAGUUGUGUAAAGAUUGUAAAAGGCGAAUUCAUCGUCGUUCCCAUAAAAAUUCGACGUUGUGCUUUCGGUGUUUACAAUUUGUAGUCGUACCUUGGCUUUACCAAUUUCAUGUGGAUAACCUCACUUUAGUGCAUCUCGCAGUCUGUGUCUCAACCCCGUUGAUCCCUUAAAAUAGUAAACAGAGUUUUGGAUAUACGCUCGAGUGUGUUACAGUAAAGGAUAGACACCAGAGAUUGAAACUUAAUAAAAUCCAAAUAUUCAACAUGGAAUCCGGUGGUCACAAUCAUCCCGACUUUCACGAUGCCGCUGAGCCUGAAAGAUACACUGGUGGGGGCAGGGGUCGCGGUCGUGGUCUGAGACCUAACGACCAGGAUCAGCCGCCCUUAUUGCGCAGGCCGCAUCAACAAGCUUCAGCUCCUGGCAACGAUAGUGAGGUUGUACGUACUUCAGUCCUUUCUCCAGAAGCUGCCGAGUUUGUUCCUAAAUCUUUUACUUCGUCUGCUUCUGGAAACAGAUCUUCAGUUCAAGAUCGCCUUCAACUGGCUAGGGCGGAACAAAAUGUUCACCACACUAUGGUCCAAAGACACCACCAACAAUCUCAACAUCAACACUUUAAUUGGCAGAGUCAUGGUCAACCAUCACAAUACUAUCAACAUCAAAACUAUCCUGACAUGGGAUAUCAAAACGUACAAUAUCAGCAAAUGUACAAUCAACAUUAUCCAUCACAUGCUCAAGACUAUAAUCAAUAUGAUAGUGGAGCUGGUGAUUAUGAUGAUAAAUACAUGCCUAGUUCAGGAGCAAAUGAUAUCAACAGUUCAGUGAUGCAACUUGAAAAUGCAAUGAAAACUUUGACUAUGAAUCCUGGUAAAUUUGAUUCUUUAGUUCCACAUUUAGUUGAUACUGUGAGCCCAUUUUUGGAAGAUGCAAGUCAUUGUGAAAAAAUUUUCAAUUUGAUCAUCCAACAGUCAAUCAAUGAGAUGAAUUUCCGAUACAGUGGAGCAAGAUUGUGUACCCACUUGGAUACUGUAGUACUUGCUACAGAAUCCAAUACAUCUGUUUUUAGAGACACUUUAAUUAAAAUAUGUAAAGAUAAAUCUGAAGAGCAAUCUGCUGCAUGGCAGCAAAUAACAAAACACACAGACGACGUGGAAAAGAAGUGUCAUGGAUUAAUAUUCUUUUUAGCUGAAUUAGUUACACAGAUGGAGUUGGAGCCAGCUACAGCUUUGGGAAGAUUACUGACCAAACUAAUCAGUACUAUACUUCAGAAUCCAGGUCCUAAUUCUGCCAAAAAUGUUUGUCAAGCUCUCAAGUUGGCUGGUCAAAAGCUAGAACGAGAUAAUCGAACUGAUAUGGAGCAAGUUAUGCGAAAAUUGUCCGAUCUAGUCAUUGAAGGAAAAGUUGACCAAAACGUAGGUCGCAUGGUUACUAGCGUAAGUGAACUGAGAAGUGGUAACUGGGGUGCUGUGUCUUCUCAACCUUCUUCAGAAGUUGUAGAAGAGCCUAAAAACUUGAGAGUAACAAAUGAUACAGUUUUUUAUGGCCCAGAUGGGCAAAUAUUAUCAGAAGAAGAAAGCAGAUUUUUAGCUUCUGCAAAUAGAGAAGAUUCCUUAAUUCAAGAUCAAUGGGAGAAUGAUAAAGACAAUGAUCCAUUGGCUGAAGCAUAUGAAGAGUAUUUGCACGAUUCUGAAAAUCCAAAUCAUAACAAUGUACAGUCUAACUCUAGAGAUUAUUAAAUAUAAUGAAGACGACAUUUUUUAAGUGCAUUGGGUAAUAUUGUCAUUGUCCUACAUUUAAGCAAAAGCCAAUAAUUUUCCAAAUCUACUAUAUGUAUAUUGAUGAAAGAAAAAUCGAAUGUGUACAGUUUAUAUUCUGUGUUUAACAGAAACUUAGUCUAAACAGAUACAAUGUCAUAGUACAAAUUGUACUUAGAGUUAAAUCUUAUGAAAUUAUCAAAUGUACGAGAAAAUAGUACUGUGUUGAAAAUCUGACAUAUAGUGUUGAUAAAUAUGUCUUUAAAUUAAUUUUUUUAGUUUCUCGUAGGUAUAUUAAUUUGUGAAUGAAUUUAAAUCAGCUUGUAAUUAUUCUAUUAUUAUGUAUUUAUAAUUCCGAUUUUUUUACACGAUUAUUCAACAAAUUCUUAGCAAUUUUUUUUUAUAAAUUAUCAGUUUUUUUAUAGAACCUCGAUAAAUCUCGAUACUUUAGGAUUUCGGCCACACUUUUUUAAGCAUAAAUAAACAUGAAUAAAUACAAUCCCUAGAUUUUUUAACUUUA